CGCAAGCGCGGGCUGCGGCGGGCCAAGAUGGCGGCAGCGGCGGCGGCAGCGGCGGCGACCGAGCAGCAAGGGUCCAAUGGGCCAGUGAAGAAGUCCAUGCGGGAGAAGGCUGUGGAGCGAAGGAACGUUAACAAGGAGCACAACAGCAACUUCAAAGCGGGGUACAUCCCCAUCGAUGAGGACCGUCUCCAUAAAACUGGGCUGAGGGGCAGAAAGGGCAACCUAGCCAUCUGCGUGAUUGUCCUCCUGUUCAUCCUGGCUGUCAUCAAUCUACUUAUCACGCUUGUCAUCUGGGCCGUGAUCCGCAUUGGGCCAAAUGGCUGUGACAGCAUGGAGUUUCAUGAGAGCGGCCUGCUGCGGUUCAAGCAAGUAUCCGACAUGGGCGUCAUCCAGCCGCUUUACAAGAGCACGGUGGGGGGAAGGCGGAACGAAAACCUGGUCAUCACUGGCAACAACCAGCCAAUUGUUUUUCAGCAAGGGACAACCAAGCUGAGUGUUGAAAAGAACAAAACCUCCAUCACCAGCGACAUUGGAAUGCAAUUUUUUGACCCAAGGACACAAAAUAUCCUAUUCAGCACGGACUAUGAGACUCACGAGUUUCAUCUGCCAAGCGGAGUGAAAAGUUUGAACGUUCAGAAAGCAUCGACGGAAAGGAUUACCAGCAAUGCUACCAGUGACUUAAACAUCAAAGUCGACGGGCGUGCCAUUGUGCGUGGCAAUGAAGGCGUGUUCAUCAUGGGCAAAACCAUUGAAUUUCACAUGGGCGGGGAUGUGGAGCUAAAGGCCGAAAACAGCAUCAUCCUCAACGGCACCGUGAUGGUCAGCCCAGCACGCCUGCCCAGUUCCUCCAGCGGAGACCUGUCGGGGAGUGGUGACUGGGUACGCUACAAGCUCUGCAUGUGUGCAGAUGGCACACUCUUCAAAGUACAAGUAACGGGCCACAACAUGGGCUGCCAGGUCUCAGACAACCCUUGUGGAAACACUCAUUAGGAGGUGCAUCCGCAGCGCUCAGCGUGUCCAAAUCUAACUUGACCUUGCCCUUUUUAAGAAUGCAUGUGAACAGUGUUUCUACAGAGUUUGCCAUAACUUUUAAGCAUUUUAACUCGGAAGCACCACUGUAUCUAUUAUGUACUCUAUAUUUAAGGGAUUUUUGAGUGCCUACAUUCUAAUACAUUUUAGUAAGUUGCACUGAUACUCAAAAGACAGUUCUCUAAAACAAUUAUGAGAAAUUAAUAAAAUCAAAAUUAAUCUUUGAAGUGUUUUUAACAUUCUACUAUCUCUUGUCCUAAAGGACAAAGGGCUGAAGCAGUUAAAACACGCCAUCAGCAAGCCCUUGGUCAUUCUAAUGGAGAGAGAUCCACUAGAGAUGUUUGGAAGGACAGGACACUGUCUGUGCUCUGUCUUUGGCUUUUAAAGGGGAAGGCACAGAUUUUUAAUGCAUUAACCCAAAGCCACAUUUUCACAAACAAGUCAUUAAAGAACUUUCCAUAUAUAAGCUUGUAAGAAACUAUGUUUCCUUAUUUUUGCACUAAAGAAAAUACUGUCAUGGUAUGUUUACUUGAAAUAAUGAUACACUUAAGUAUUUACAGUGUGUGGCCCUUAAACACAACCACAGUUCUCAUGUGUGUGCAGUAACAGUAGCUGUCAUCAUCAGGCCUCUUCUUGCCGAUCACUGUCCUGGGCACUGUACGCUUGAUCUCUCUGAUUCCCACUGCACCUCUCAAAGUAAGUGCACAGUGAAGCUGCACUGUUAAUUCUAGCCACCAGGGGGCGUGUUCCUUCUCAUGUGCUCAUUUCUGUUUUGAACAUACCACAUGGAGAGGUACAGUAAAGGAUACAGUAAAGGAUAGACUCAGGGUUGGAAGUCACGUACAAUCCCAACCCAGGUAAACCUGAUUCCAAAUGUGUUUCUGCCUUUUUUACUAUCUACACUGAAUUUUCAACUACUUAAAAAUCUCAAAGGAUGGGAAAAGCCUAAUCCUAAUUUACCUAACUGGUGAAAAUCAAGCCUGUGUGCUACUCUAGUUAAAAUACUAAUGCUAGCAACCAUGACCAAUCACUGUCAGAUUUUACACUAUCCUGAGCCAGUUCUAAGCUGUUAUUCAAUAGAUCUGCUUGGUCUGCUUGUCGUGUGGGAGUUAUAAAGAAUGAGUUAUAAAGAAGCUGGCAUACUUUCCCCUAAGCCCUCGGGAGGCUCAGUGGAAAGGGGGGAAGCUAGGCCUCAGCUAUCCCUGCUUUCCAGAGGUGGUUCCUUCAAUGCCCCAUACCAGCAUCACCCUUUAGAAGUAUUCUGUGCCUAGAAACUAACAUACACCAGAAUAAAGGGUGCUAAUUCGGGAGAUGAUGCAGGUCAUUUUAGCUAGGUAUAAAACCCUUAUCUCUGCUCCUCAUCUCAGUCUCAUUUCAAGUAAUUACAUCCCUCAAGCCAGUUGAUUAUUAGCACAGUUUAUACUUGAUUUAAAAAGAAUUUAUCGGCCUUACUAAGAAACAUGGGAUCAGGGAUGAAGAAUACAUAACUUUAAAGUAGAUGGUAGGGAGGUAUCAUGGCCUAACCUAAUAGAUUGUAAACUCAGGCUAAGGUGAGAGUUGACUUGAGACCUGACACUAAGCGCAGAUUUUAGAUAUAAAGAAAGAACAAUGUAUACCUCUGGACCUAUUCACGUAUUGUCUAAGAACUAGGUAAUGCUCAGAAAAAUCACGCUUGGAAUUCUCAUUUCCAUGCUCAGUGUAUUUUUAAAUUGUACAUUUGUUACAUGUUCUAUUUAAAUUUGUUUUGAGAAUUUCUUUAAAUAAAUAUUUUUACUAAAUCCACAGAAUACUAUAUUACAAACUAUUAUUUAAAUACUAUUCAUGGAAAAAAAGUGUAUUUUUACAUGUCUGUGAGAAACACUUGUGUUUUGGUACAUCUCCAUUGAGCACUUUGAAGUUGGAGACUAUCCUGAUGCUUUGUAAAGCUCACGGUUACUAGGUAUGGUAUUUUAGACCGCCUUGCAGGUAGACCCACUGACACACUGACCCGGAAACCCUGCUGAGACUCGGAGCUUGGUGCACAGUGAAGCUGCACUGUUAACUCUGGCCACCAGGGGGCGUAUUCCAUCUCCUGUGUUCACUUCUGUUUCGAACUUACCAUGGCCAGAGGACUUAACUGCAGCCCUGGGGAAAGUAGAUGCAGGAGGAACCCAGGCAGGAAAACAAACACACAUUUGAAGGGACAGUAGUCCAGAGGUGAAUACCAAAGCAAAGAGAUAGGAGAAAUAAAAAGAAGACUCCUUCCAGAUUGUCCCUUCGGGUCAGGGAUACACAACAUGAAACAGAGGCUACCUGCCGUGGUGGGCGGCCUUGAAAGUAUGCCUUACUGGCAAUCUUUUUGCAUUGUGAUAGAAGCAAAAUAAACAGUUUUGAUGAGAAAGGUAGAAUUUCUACCUGGGUUUGAUGAGUGUCUUUUUUAAAGGGGUUAGAAUUACUGUGUUAAACUUGAUGAAGAGGAGGUCAUUAUAAUCUUUUAACAUCAAGAGGGGCAAAGGUUACAAGUUAUGCCACACAAAAAUAUACCUAUGUAUUUAUUUCAGAUUGAUGACGGCUGUUUACAAUAAAACUCUGUGAACUUGGC